AUGCGUCAACACACAGAAUCUUCUAGACCCAUUCAUGUUGAGCAGGUCACAUGCCCGAUCGGUCGCCCAUUCACAGCUCCUUGGCCGGAAUCGAAAAUUCUUUACGUCUGGGCUAGCGCUCUACUAUCGCAGCCUGAUACUUCCAUAGUGUACAUCUACAUCAUAUCCAUGGAGGAGAUGAAGCUGCAUCUGCGCAGGAAUGAUCUCUCGAGGGUGCGAAGACAGGAGCUUCUAGGCGCCAAGGAGCCGGCAUGGAAAGGAAAAGGGCAUGUAUGGGCUCAUAAGGCUACGUAUAGCCGCACAAGCACCAUGCGCAGCUUCUCAAUAGGCAAAGGCUUUGUUUGUCCUCUGCUGAAGAACGAGGCCGAGAAGGAUGUCAUUGCCGAGGCGACCAGUGUAGCAGGCAAGCUUGACUGGCGCGACAAGAUUGACAAGAUACCAAAUGCAAAUGCCAGUGCUGCACUGCUGGCAGGAAGCUUCGAUCGCGAGUUUUUCACAUUAUCCACUACAUAUCCUGCAGCCCCCACGUUUCUCGACUUCAAUGCUAGUGGAAAGGCCACGCUCUUACUACAGAUCAAGUAUACUACUCGACUCCUCGGCACCUAA